AUGCUUCAUGAAGAGCAGAACGGUGCCGACCCCGUUUGUGUCGGUCAAAUCAUGCAUGAUAGGUAUGAACUUAUAAAGAACCUGGGAUCUGGGUGUUAUUCGACUGUCUGGUUAGUGAGGGAUCAAAGUAUAGAAUCUUCCUACAAGGCAAUCAAGAUACUGAGUCCCGAAUGUUACGAUGGCAAACAUGACCUUUUCGAGCUGGAGAUCAUGAAGCACCUCAGUAAAGCAAACCCAAGCCAUCCAGGCUAUCAGCACAUUCCCAUUAUCCUGGAUGAUUUUGUCUACGAGAGCCACCAGGGACACCAUGUAUGUCUCGUUAUGGAGCUGAUGGCAGAUAAUAUGAAGGGAUUCGCCUUUUUCUUCGAAGGAGUCAAGAUCCCCAAUAACAUCAUGAAGAAAAUCACGAAGCAGCUACUUUUGGCUUUAGAGUAUGCGCAUGACUCGGGGGUUAUUCAUACAGAUAUCAAACAAGAUAACAUCAUGGUAAAGAUCAGAGACCCCUUAAUGGUCGAUCGCUACCUGAAAGAUUCCCAGUCAAUAAAGAAUAUCUCCCUGGGAGAGUACAACUUCGACCACCCGUCUGAAUUCCCAGAGAUCAGCAUCGCGCUUUGCGACUGGGGAUUUGCAAGCUGGGAAGAAAGACAUCUCACUCCAUUAAUCCAGCCCCUGCUACUUCGUGCCCCGGAAGUCAUCAUCCAGGCCCCAUGGGGCAAAGAAGUUGAUAUUUGGAACUUGGGCGCCCUACUUCCGGAGCUUUUAGACGCUGUCCGAAUGUUCAAUGGCAGAGCUGAUGUCACCGGCGGGACUUACUACACCAAGCAUCAUAUUGAAGAGAUUGAUGCCCUAUUUGGUCCCUUUCCCCUUGAGAUGCUCAAAGCCGGGGACCAAGAUAUCGUGCAGAAAUUAUUCGAUGAGAAUUCACAGAUCCGUGAUCCUAUUGAACGCCCUCCUGCGAAGCUGGAAAGAUGGAUAGAGUGUUUGGAUGGGGUUGAAAAGGAGAAUUUUCUUUCUAUGCUUCGGGCUAUGUUGACGAUUGAUCCCAUUAGGAGGCCGACUGCACGGGCGCUACAAGACGCACUUUGGCUUAAGACUUGA